UCCCCCGCUUGUGCUCUCUCUCAAAAUAAAUAAACAUUUAAAAGUUCUUGAGACAGCUCAGAUGUGGUGGGAAAAGUACAUGUUUUGUAGAUACAAGAUGUGAGUUCGGGUUCCACCUCUGCCAAUGACUAGCUGAGUGAUAGCUUUGGAAACUCCUGUAGUAGGAAGAGUAAUGAUCCCCAAGGACACCCAUGCCCUAAUCCCCAGAAUUGUGAAUGCAUAACGUUACUUGGCAAGGUGAUUUUGCUGAUGUGAUUAAGGUUGUAGGCCUUGAGAUGGAGACAUUGUCCUGGAUCAUCCUGGUGGGCCCAGUCUAAUCAAUGAGCCCUCAAAAGCAGGACACUUUCUCUGGCUGAAGAAAGAAGAAAAAUGAGGUCCAAGGGAGGUCUGAGAGAUUUGAAAUGUGAAAAGAACCCAACCACCAUUGCUGGCUUUGAAGAUGGAGGAAGGGAGCCACAUACCAAGGGAUGUAGGCAGCCUCCAGAAGCUGAGAAUGACCCCCAGCUGACAGCUGGCAGGGACACUGGUACCUCAUCCUACACUGCAUUGAACUCAGUUCUGCCAACUACUGGCAUGGGCUUGGAUGCAGAUUCAUCUUCAAAGCCUCCAGAAAGGAACACGGCCCUGCGGGCAGCUGAUUUCAGCAUUGUGAAACCUGAAGCAGAGAACCAGCUGAGCCAUGCUGUGCCCUGACAUCUGACCUACAGAAAGUUGAGAUAAUGCAUUUAUGUGGUUUUGAGCUGCUAAAUUUGUGCAACAACAGAAAAUGAAUAUUCUCUUUGAGCCUUGAUUUCCUCAGCUAUAAAAUGGAGACAGUGAUGAUAGUAUCCAUCUUACUGACUUGCUCAAGCACCUGAGAGAUGUCCACUGUCCCCAGAAUUUGCACGUGGUGCUCUUUCCCACCCUCCCUGCCUGCCCUGUCUUGGUUGAGGCUGGAAGGGGCGAUCCCUAAGUUGAGAGCACAGAGCAGGAGUAGCAGGGAUCUGUUGUUGAGCCUUCUGUUGAGAAGAGAACAGCCUCAAGACUAAGAACCCCAUCCUUCUAAGACAGGCAGGGGGGCAGUGAACCCUCUUCCCAGCUCUUGGGGGAAGCCAAGGCCACGGUGGUUGACAGGAGAAGUGGUCAGGGACCCCAUUGCCUGUUCCUACUACCCCCUAAUGCAUAGUUCCACCCCUCCAGGAAGUACUUCACAUACAUAUAGAUCAGCCAAGUUAGAAGGGCUUUUUGAGACCAUCUGGCCCAAACUGCUGUCACACACUUGGGAAACUGAGGCUCAGAGAGAAGGAUCCUUAUAUCACACACGCAGUUACUAUGAAGUCAGUGAUGAGGCCUCAGACUUCAUCUCUCCCCAAAAUUCACAUCAUGCAUCCAACAGGCUGCACCAAAAAGCAAGCUCAAGUCCCAAACAGCCCCCACCUCCACUCACCACUGGCCCUAUCCCCUACAUCAGCUGGCAGCUUUUAGCUUCUAGACAGGGGCCAAGCCAUCCUGUUUACUCUUAGCUAGAGGGACUUAUCGCAGAGAUAACCACAUUCUCCCAAGACUAAAUAAAAACAGCCACACUUCCAGAUAUUCAUUCAUGUAUUUAUUAUUUAUACCACACCUACUUCCAAAACCUAUUUGAGGUGGCUCACAGUAAAAGCCACACGUACAACAGAGUUUUCAAAAGGGAAUAAAUGUCCAGUCAAAACCUUUCAUGAUUUUCAGACUGUGGGAGUGAUUUUUUUUUUUUUUAAUGACAAAAGAGGUCUUUGAGCUGAGGUACUUGAAGGGGUCAGGUCUUGGUAUAGAUAUUUAAGUGUGCCUGGUCAGGUUGAGUAGUUAAAACUGGAGCAUCUGAUGGAGUGCAAGAAGCAGGGGUAGGAAAGAACAACCAUCGGGAGGCCAAGAGCAAGUGGAGGAGUAAAAGGCACAUUUUAUCCUCCCCUCCCCCCCCCCAUUCUUCCUUCUUGGAUGCUGAGGUGCGAUGAUGUGAUGCCUGGAGCUACAGCCACUGUUUUGUGGCCAUGAGGCAAGACAUACCCAACAUGCUGAAGACGACAGAAUGGAAGGAGCCUAGAUCCUGGAGGACAGAGUUGAGCUACUGAACCAAUCCUGAAGAGUCCACCAUCAGUUGUGUGAAAUGAUGAAAUGUUUCUAUUGUUGAAGUCACUAUUAGUCAGAUGUUCUGUUACUUGCAGCCAAAUGCAUACAAAUAGAUGAAUUGAAAGCUCAUUGUGGUCAGCAUGAGAUGCAGUGGAAACGGACUUGUUUUUCCCAAAGGAUCAUAAAAAGCUUCUUAGAAAACAUCAUUGAGGAGGAUCUUCAAGGAUAGGUAGGAGGGGCCCCUGGGUGGUUCAACUGGUUAAGUGUCUAAUUCUUGAUUUCAGCUCAGGUCAUGAUCUCACAGUUCUCUCUCUCUCUCCCUCAAAAAAAGAAAAGAAAAGAAAAAAAAAAGAAAAGAAAAGAAAAAAGAAAAGGAUGAGUAGGAGUUUGCUAGGCAGGCAGGGGAAGGCAGGGCAUGCCAUGCACGUGAAAAAGGCUUGGAGGUAAGAAGGAAGAUGCAGGGUAAAGCGGUCACUCACAGAGGGCUGAGAGGUGAGAACACAUCUGGAAGAACGUAAGCAGAACACAAGGGGCCCUAGACCCAGGAUAAAUGUGGAUUUGGUUGAGCAGGCAAUAGGGAGUCAGUGUGGGGCUUAGGCCAGGGCUAGAAGUGGGAACUGGAGGAAGUCAACAGGUUACCAAAUAUCCACGAGGAAGGAUGAGUUUUGGGAAUGAGUCAAAGGGACCCAGAAUACAGAGAGGGAGCCAGGAUCAGUACUGAGACUUAAAAAAAAAUUUUUUUUUUAACAUUUAUUUAUUUUUUUUUGAGAGAGAGUGAGUAUGCAGGGAAGGGGCAGAGAGAAGGAGAGAGAGAGAAUCCCAAGCAGACCAUCACCAGCAUGGAGCCCAAUGUGGAGCUCAAAUUCAGAAACUGUGAGAUCAUGACCUGAGCCAAGGUCAGAUGCUUAACCAACGGAGCCAGCCAGGUGCCCCUCAGUAUUGAGACUUUUUUACCAAAGAAUUUCUCACCUUUGUUUUGGGCCUUAUCUAGGGACUGCUUGUUUUGUAGGAACUAGUCACCCUGAUGGUAAGAACAGUUAGUCACACAGAAAAUCUGUGUGAUUCACAGCAGCUGCUGGGAAAGUCCUUACAAAGAUUGGGAACCCUCAAAAAGAAUAUGCUGUGUGCUAUAGCACUUCAGAGCCUGGCCAGUCCCCUUCACAGCACAAAUGAGGAAACUGAGCCGAAGAAGGGGUGGGAGCCAAUAGGCCACACAGCCACCUGGAGGCACAGCAGGACUGGAACCCAGUUAGCCUGGUCCUUGGACUAGCGCUCAGCCCCACCAUCCUCACCUCCAGUCACAACUAUAAAUGGCCAUGGAUCAAACAAAGAACAAACGAGAAAACUGGGCCCAACAGGAUGACACGGCCCAGCCUCCCCUCAAACAAAGAGAAGACAGAUCCACGUUUGAAGCAUAUUAAUAGGGCCUGUCUCCCAGAGUGAGGAAGUUAAAGAUAAAAUUCCUUAAGCCCAUACUGAUUACUUUUAGUACUCCUUCAGAAUUCCUAAGAAACUAAACUUUUCUUUAAAAAACAAAACAAAACAACAAACAAGCUUUGAAGUUGUUUGAAGAUAAAAAGUAUUUUGUGGGCCAAGGCUGGUGAGGGGAUGGCCUCCAUGUAUUUUGAAAGAAACUUGGGAGAGUUCCUUACUGUUUGAGAGGCUUCUGCUACGAGACCACAGACAUAUUUGGCACCCCUUUGCUGCCCACUUACAGCGGUCUCAGAGUCUUUUAAGCCUGCCGAGUUACAUGGCCCUGAUGUGCCGGGGCUGACCAGGCCGGCUGCCCUCAGAUCCGUUUCAUCACCUACCAGCUGCAGGCCUGUCCUCUGCUCUCUCUGUGCUUUGGUUUCCUCACCCAUACAUGAGGAAUAUAAUAAGAGUCACCAGCUCAGAACGCUGUUGUGAGGGUUAAAUGAGUCGGCGUAAGGGCCGAGGGCAGCGGUUGCACCUUGUUCCAUAAAUCUCGGAAGGGAGAAGGGGGCCAGCUGUAUCCAGCCUGACUGGGCCACCUGCAGGUAGGUGCGGUAGGCCUUUGCUGUUAAGUGUGGUCCCUGAACCAACAGUAACUGUCACCUGGGAGAUGGUUAGGAAGGCUGGAUUCAAGGCCCGACCCUUAGCCUACUGAGGCAGAAUCUUCAUUUUAGCAAAAGAUCCUCAGGGGAUUCAGGUGAGCAUUGAAGUUUGAGGAGCCCCGAGACAGGCCCCUUGGAACGAGCACUGAAGGCAUCUCUAAGUGGAGGGGUUUGGCCCCAUUGCAACCAGAAUCUUCUGGCCCUCCUGAUCUUGAGACCAGAUGCUCCUGGAGCUGCUGUUUUAUGUCUCCCGCCUGCCUGCUAGGGAGGCCUGGCCCCAGAGCCUGUCCAGCCCGACUACUGCUUUCUGCAAGUCUGUCUGGAUGUGACUUUUGUUUCCCUUUCUCUGGUUUGAGUCCAACAGGUGGGGGCACAUGGGAGACCCUGGCCAUGCCUUGAAUUUGCCUGGAACAGGGAAGUGUGGUGCAUCUUCUGUAGAACCUCUGGCUGUGACCAGGAAUGACCUUCCAGAAAUCCCUAGGUCCCGCAGAGCUCAAGGGAUAUGCUAUGGUCCAGAGAUUUUCCUUAAGAUCCUGCAAUGAUCCUCUACUUUUUCACGAGUUCCUGGUCUAUAACUAAGGUUCUUUUGUGUGGCAGCUCAGAAUGAUGGAUCAAGCCAGAUCAGCAUUCUCUACCUUGUUUGGUGGAGAACCAUUGUCCUAUACCCGGUUUAGUCUGGCUCGGCAAGUAGAUGGUGACAGUAGUCAUGUGGAGAUGAAACUAGCUGCAGACGAAGAAGAAAAUGUUGACAAUAACAUGAGGGAUAAUGGUGCCAGUGUCACAAAACCAAAAAGGUUUAAUGGAUUUAUCUGCUAUGGGACUAUCGCUAUAAUCCUCUUUUUCUUGAUUGGAUUUAUGAUUGGCUACUUGGGCUAUUGUAAACGUGUAGAAGCAAAGUCUGAAUGUGAGAGACCAGCAGGAACAGAGUCUCUGGAGGUAGAGGGAACCGAACCUUCAGAAACAGAAGAGUAUUUUCCUGAAGCACCUUCUCACUUAUUUUGGUCGGACCUCAAAACAAUGCUGUCAGAGAAACUGAGUAACACAGAGUUCACCAGCACCAUCAGGCAGCUGAAUGAAAAUUCAUAUUUCCCUCGUGAGGCUGGAUCUCAAAAAGAUGAAAGCCUUGCCUUUUAUAUUGAGAACCGAUUCCGUGAGCUUCAACUUAGCAAAGCCUGGCAUGAUGAACAUUUUGUUAAGGUUCAGGUCAAAGGCAGUGCUUCAAACUCAGUGACCAUAGUGGGCACGAACAGUGGCAUGGUAUACCUGGUGGAGAGUCCAGAGGGCUAUGUGGCAUACAGUAAAGCAGCAACAGUUACUGGUAGACUGGUCCAUGCUAAUUUUGGCACUAAAAAAGACUUUGAGAAUUUAAACUCUCCUGUGAAUGGAUCUUUAGUGAUUGUUAGAGCAGGGAAAAUCACUUUUGCUGAAAAGGUUGCAAAUGCUGAAAGCUUCAAUGCAACUGGUGUCUUGAUAUACAUGGACCAGGCUAAAUUUCCCAUUACUAAUGCAGAGAUUCCAUUCUUUGGACAUGCCCAUCUGGGAACAGGUGACCCAUAUACACCUGGAUUCCCUUCUUUCAAUCAUACUCAGUUUCCACCAUCGCAGUCUUCAGGAUUGCCGAAUAUACCUGUCCAAACAAUCUCCAGAGCCACUGCAGAAAAGUUGUUUGGAAAUAUGGAAGGAGACUGUCCUUCUGCUUGGGAAACAGACUCCUCCUGUAGGCUGGAAACCUCACAGAACUGGAAUGUGAAGCUCACUGUGAACAACGUGCUGAAAGAGAUAAGAAUUUUUAACGUGUUUGGAGUUAUUAAAGGUUUUGAAGAACCUGAUCGCUAUGUUGUAGUAGGGGCUCAGAGGGAUGCCUGGGGUCCUGGAGCUGCAAAGUCUAGCGUAGGAACAGCUCUCCUCUUGGAACUUGCACGGAUACUCUCUGAUAUGGUCUUAAAAGGUAGAGUACAAAUUGUGAGGACCCUUGAAUAUCUAUUUGCUAUAUAUAGUUCUAAAUACUAUAUGCUUUCUCACUUUGGUCCAUAUUAUUGUGGUUCACUUAUGCUGGACUCUGAGUUUGAGCACACAAGCAGAUCAUCUUUUGUUGGAUCUGCCUUUGACUUUGAAACAGCUUUCCAUGCAGUGUCUUUGCACUGGGAAUCAACUUUGAUGAGACACUCAAAAAGUGUUGUACUGGACCCUAGCUCUUAUAUAGUCAUAUUUGCCACUGAUCUAGAGAAGAAGCAAUGUUUAAAUAAUCUCUUUGCAGGUACCAGCAACUUCAAGGUUUCUGCCAGUCCACUGUUGUAUUCGCUUAUUGAGAAGAUGAUGAAAGAUGUGAAACACCCAGUUACUGGGCAGUCUCUUUAUCGGGACAGCAAUUGGAUCAACAAAGUUGAGAAAUUUUCUUUGGAUAAUGCUGCUUUCCCUUUCCUUGCGUAUUCUGGAAUCCCAGCAGUUUCUUUCUGUUUUUGUGAGGACACAGAUUAUCCUUAUUUGGGUACUACCAUGGAUGUCUAUGAGAAACUCAUUCAGAAAGUUCCUCAGUUGAACAAAAUGGCACGUGCAGCAGCAGAAGUAGCUGGUCAGCUUAUAAUGAAACUUACCUAUGAUCUUGAAUUGAACCUGAACUAUGAGAUGUAUAAUGACAAAAUACUUUCAUUUGUGAGGGAUGUGAGCCGAUUCAGAGCAGACAUAAAAGAGAUGGGUCUGAAUCUACAGUGGCUGUAUUCUGCUCGUGGAGACUUUUUCCGUGCCACCUCCAGACUGACAACAGAUUAUAGGAAUGCUGAGAGAACAAACAGAUUUAUCAUGAGGGACAUCAAUGACCGUAUCAUGAGAGUGGAAUAUCACUUCCUCUCACCCUAUGUAUCUCCGAGAGAGUCUCCUUUCCGACAUAUCUUUUGGGGCACUGGCUCUCACACUCUGUCAGCAUUACUAGAGCAUCUGAAGCUGCGCCAGGAAAAUAUCAGUGCUUUUAAUGAAACACUGUUUAGAAACCAGUUGGCUCUAACAACUUGGACUAUUCAAGGGGCUGCAAAUGCCCUCUCUGGUGACAUUUGGGACAUUGACAAUGAGCUUUAAAUGUGGUACCCAUAACUUAUAUGAGAACGGCAGGGUAGUGUGAUUUUUAGACUUGUGCUGGUUGUGCUAAAUUUUUAGUAGGACUACAAAACCUAAUAUUGUUAAAAUUUUACCCAACCAUCUUGGUACCACUAGAUUUCUUUAGGCAGCAGCUUUUAAUACAGGGUAGGUACCUGCACUUCAAGUUAAAGUGAAUAACCACUUAAAAAUGUUCAUGAUAGAAUCUUUUCUCUGAUUAUCUCUAAAAUUUUAAAUGUGUUGUAUGGUAACUGCCUCUUUCUUGUUAGAGUUAUGACAGAGUCAGAACCAGUUACGUAAACUAUUGCUCUAAAUCCUAAGGACAUGAACUGGUAUCUUCUAAGUGGGAGGAGGGAGGUGGUGUCUCCUGGGGGCUGGAAGUGGUAGCUUAGUGGGAUCCUCCACCUGCACUUGAUGCUGGAUAGGAGAUACCAGGUUGUAAGACUUUAUUCUCCAAAUGAGAUCUAUGCCUUCCGUAAGGAUUUAGCUGGUUUCCACAUCCCUGAAUGAAACAGUUAACUUUCAGAAGAGAUGGGACUUGUUUUCUUGCCAGUGAGGUCUGAAACAGAGGUCCUUCCGCUGGAUAAAGUGAGGUUCAACUGUUUAUCACAGGAGUAAGGCCUUAAUGUGUUAACCUCAAGAUUAUUUAUGAAAAGAGGAGACCAGAAGCCAAAGACCUAGAUUUUCUUUUCCUCUGCCCCUGCCCCAUAAGCCUUUGUAUUAGUUUUUUGUCGUCUUUGUGUUUCCCAAAGUAUUUUGAAAGAAAACCAGCUUUAGGUGUUUAAUUUCAAACUCAGUUUGUCAGACUUUAAAGAACACACUGCCAAAUUUUGGCCAAAGUGUUAAUUUUUUGGAAAAGCUUUCUAUCAUUUUGGCACUGAGAUAUUUAUUGUUUAUUUAUCAGUGACAGAGUUCACUAUAAAUGGUGUUUUUUUUAUAGAAGAUAAUUAUCGGAAGCAGUGCCUUCCAUAAUUAUGACAGUUAUACUGUCGUUUUUUUUUUAAUAAAAGCAGCAUCUGCUAAUAAAACCCAACAGAUACUGGAAGUUUUGCAUUUAUGGUCAACACUUGAGGGUUUUAAAAAACGGCCACACGCCAAAUAAAAUUAUAAAGCUAAAUAUUGGUGAAGAAUUCAAUUGAAUUAGGAGUUGCUAAUCAAGUUAGAAUUUUAGUCAACCAGAUAAAAAUGGCAGUUCUUAAAGGGAAGGAAUUGUGACCAAGUUAUACAUUAAUGUCACUUAAAGGCUGUGAUACUCAUACAUGUGAAAUUUUACAGCUCAAUUUAUCCAAGGUGUAACUUUAAUUCGAAUUUUGCAAAAUUUCCAGUACCUUUGUCACAAACCUAACUCACAUUAUCGGGAGCAGUGUCUUCCAUAAUGUAUAAAGAACAAGGUAGUUUUUGCCUACCACAGUGUCUAUAUCGGAGACAGUGAUCUCCAUAUGUUACACUAAGGGUGUACGUAAUUAUCGGGAACAGUGUUUCCCAUAAUUUUCUUCAUGCAAUGACAUCUUCAAAGCUUGAAGAUCGUUAGUAUCUAACAUGUAUUCCCAGCUCCCUAUAAUUCUCUUUUAGUUUUAGUUGCAGAAACAUUUUAUGGUCAUUAAACAUUUGGUGGGUGAAUUCAACCACCAUAAAAUAAAAUUACUUCAUUCGAGAGUCUUUGUUUUUAAACCUAAUGUAGUGUUUUAUUAUAUUUGUGGUUUCUCCAGGUCUUCUGUUUAGUGGGAUGGUAGUCCACAUUUACAAUGUUUGCUGUUGACAAAUGAAUUUAACUUUAUCCCCUUAUUUGCAUGUCAUCUCCUGGAAACUUAGUUCACACAAGUUUGUAUCCAGAAUUGAUCUUUUAGCUUAAAUCAGGGGAAACUUGUAUAGGAGACUCAGGGGGCUGGGGGAGUGAAAUGUGUAGGGAAGCAAAGCUUGCAAAAGGAUCCUUGAUCAUGUCUCCCUACCCGUUAGUAUAUGGUGGUUUUAAGUUAAACAGAGAUGUGAACAAAUAAGUUUGAAGCUACAUGAGUAAAGACUUUAUUUUCUAGUCCACCAUCAUUAUAAACCUGAUAAUCAGUUGUUUGUUAUAGGGUAGUUCACCCUAAGAAACUGCCACCUAAGAAAAAGUCCAUAGACUUAAUGUCCCUUACCGAAGUUAACAUAGGUCUAGAUUAUUACAGCCUCACUGAAUUGUUUCACUGCUCACGGUCUGUUUAGUCUUCACGGUGUUUUAUCUUGAACUGGUGUUUAGUGUAGCUAAGUGGAAAGGUCAUAGCUGGGAUUCCUGGUUUGGGUAUCAUGCUUUACCACACUUGAAUGAAAGCUCAGUAACUUCAAGACAUACUAUGAAUAUGGGCAUACAUUUACAGCAGUAGAUCUCUUCAAAUACCUCUUUUCUGUAGUGAGGAUUGAGUUAGUUCUAAUCAAAAAAGCCAGUAAGUGGUAAGAGGUGUAAUAUUCCUGAAUGAAAUGUGUAUCUGACUAGUGACAACCUGCUGGACUUCAGAUUUUGUCUGGUUAUAGAUAUCAGGUGCAUUUUGAAGGUAAAGGAUAAAUGAGCUCUAUCAUGAUUCACUAUUCUAGAACUUGCAUGACCUUUACUGUGUUUCCUCUUUGAAUGUUCUUGAAAUUUUAGUUGGCUAAACAUGGCUUAUUAGACUUGCCAACCUACUGCUCAUCGAUAUCUUUGUAAACAAAUGAUAUGCCCUUAUAAUUGUGUCCAAACUGGUAUGUGCAACAGUGUGGAAAUUCUUUAUCUGAUUUAAUAAAAUGCUUGAACACGGA